UGUCGGACAGCGCGGGAAGGAAAGCGCGCUCGGGGUCUGGAGCCCAAGUCCUGGGAGGCAGGAAGCCCGGGCCUCCGAAGAGCGCCGAGGAGGCGCUGCAUGGGCAGCAUGCGUUUCUCCGGAGGCUCUGACGCGGGGUCCGCGGACAACUCCAGCUCCUGGUGGCCCCUGGCCACCAGCAGUGCCAAUGCCAGCCAGGAGGCCGAAACGCCUGGGGAAGGCGGCAGCCCUCAGGGGGACUUGCGCGACGAGAAGCUGGCCAAGUUGGAGAUCGCCGUGCUGGCAGUGACUUUCGUGGUAGCGGUGCUGGGCAACAGCAGCGUGCUGCUGGCGCUGCACCGCACGCCGCGCAAGACGUCCCGCAUGCACCUCUUCAUCCGGCACCUCAGCCUGGCCGACCUGGCCGUCGCCUUCCUGCAGGUGCUGCCGCAGCUGUGCUGGGACAUCACCUUCCGCUUCCGCGGGCCCGACUGGCUGUGCCGCGUGGUGAAGCACCUGCAAGUGUUCGUCAUGUUCGCGGCGGCCUACAUGUUGGUAGUCAUGACCGCCGACCGCUACAUCGCCGUGUGCCACCCGCUCAAGACUCUGCAGCAGCCGGCGCGCCGCUCGCGCCUCAUGAUCGCCGCCGCCUGGGUGCUGAGCUUCCUGCUGAGCACGCCGCAGUACUUCGUCUUCUCCAUGAUCGAGGUGAGCAAUGUCACCAAAGCCCGCGACUGCUGGGCCACUUUUAUCGAACCCUGGGGUUCCCGUGCCUAUGUGACCUGGAUGACAGGCGGCAUUUUCGUGGCGCCCGUGGUCAUCCUGGGCACCUGCUACGGCUUCAUUUGCUACCACAUCUGGCGCAACGUCCGCGGAAAGACCACAUCGAGCCAGAGCAAGGGCGCAGAGGGCGCGGGUGGCACCUUCCAGAAAGGGUUCCUGCUCACGCCCUGUGUCAGCAGCGUGAAGACCAUUUCCCGCGCCAAGAUCCGCACGGUGAAGAUGACUUUCGUGAUCGUGACGGUUUACAUCGUCUGCUGGGCGCCUUUCUUCAUCAUUCAGAUGUGGUCUGUCUGGGAUGAGAAGUUCCCCUGGAUCGAUUCGGAAAACCCUGCCAUCACCCUCACUGCAUUAUUGGGUUUCUUGAAUAGUUGCUGCAAUCCCUGGAUAUAUAUGUUUUUUAGUGGCCAUCUCCUGCAAGACUGUGUUCAAAGCUUCCUGUGCUGCCAAAACAUGAAGCAACAAUUCACCAAAGAAGAUGACAGUAUGAGCAGAAGACAGACUUCCUACUCUAACAACCGAAGCCCAACAAACAGUACAGUUACAUGGAAGGACUCGCCUAAAUCUUCCAAGUCCGUCAGAUUCAUUCCUGUUUCAACCUGAGCCCUGCGUUCAUGCAGCCUGACUCUUGUAACUGAUUUU